AAAAAAGCGUCAUCACUGGAGUGAAAGUGCCAUUUUGCUUCGGUGACCGCUAGCUCGCGUCUCGAAGAAAAAAUCGUCAAAAGUUGCGAUGAGUGUGAGCAAUCCGGACAUCAAAAUACAAAACUCCUGUUCACCAAUAAUAUUUACAUCGGUAGAAAUUGCGACGAGCACCGACAGCGGAACCGGCGGUUCCUCGGAUCUGGGAUCUUCAUCGGCUAUUUAUAUCGAGCAGAAGAGCAUGAUGGGACCGCUGGAUAAACCGAAAAGCGCGUCCAAUGAACAAAAGGAGGAACUGGUUAAAAUAUUCGAGGAGUACAACCAACAGCCUAAAACAGAGAGCUCCGAAACGGAUUACAAGGAAAGGCAGCGGUUUUGGAUAGAGGCGACACAUCGAUUAAACAGUGUUCCGGGAGGUACACUGAAAUCAACUGCUAAAUGGGUUAAAUAUUGGGCUGAUGUUAUAAUAAACCUUAAGCGGAAAUGUCGGCUCGUUGUAGAAGGCCGAUCUAAAAAAAUUGGACCGAAUGCACUGGAGGUACGCAUUUUAUCUGCAGCUAAUUGCUAUGAUGUCCUAGACCAGUGGACAAAAGCACUUGGCGCGGAUGGAAUGAUGAGUCUCGAGAGUAACGGAUCAGCUGAUCACGAGGAGUAUUUCCCAGAGGACAGUGGAGUUCAAAAAGAGGAAAUCGUUAUCGAGCACUACACCGACGAUCCACUGGACGAGGAAUUUGUUGCUAGUUUUUCGAAACCAGUCGCUACUGAUCACACACAGGAAACCAUAACCGCAGAGCUUGAAAUCCGCAAACCAACUGUCGACGAGCUUAAAACCAUUAGCACAGCAACCGCAGUCAGCACCGGGGAAUAUGUAGAAAUGACGACAUCCGCUCUGGAAGGUACCAGCGAAUUCCUCAAACCGAAGUUAAUACGUCCAUCACAAGAACGGUUACGAGAAGACCUAAAACGUACAUCGGAGAAACUCGAAUCGGUGAUGAAAAAGCGACGUUUAGAUGACUCUAAGUUUGCCAUUGCUCAUGCCCUUACGAACAUGUCGGCAGCAAUGCUGCAGCUUUCCAACGGGCUUAAUGACUUGGCGAAUGCGCUAACCAACGAUGCAAUGUAAGAAGCUGAAGUAACAUUCUUAGCUGAUUCUACCCAAAUUGUGGUAAUUUUUAGGCGAUAAUGUGGCAACCGUAAUGGUUAAAAUCUUAGCUACGCAGUGACAGUUUUUGGUUGAACUCUCUUGAAUUACAAAACGGUUCAUAGCUUUCGAAUAAUAAUGGCUCCCAGCAGUUUUACCCUCUAAGAGGAGUGUUGUCCUGAAACCAACUUUUUUUUUACAGGUAAUAAUUUUUAUUUGCCUGUAUCAAAUUUAUGAUUUUAUUGAACAAAAUUAAAUAUGAAUUCUAUCCAGUUUUGGCUAAUUUAACCAACUUUAAGCUUAAUUUGUGUAGGCUUUUCGAAUGCAUAGUAAAAUAGGAAACCUUUAGUUUAAAAGUCACUACGAUAGUACUUUUAAUAUGUUAAAUGUAUUGUACAGAUAAUAAAUGUAAACAAAAACUUGGA